CCUGCGGCCUCGUGCUUUCAUCCGUUUCUCGGUGUUUGGAACCCCUGAUGAAACACUCGCACUCGUUUUUUCGAUUUAUUACUUGAAAUGUCCUGAUCUGGCAUUGGAAUCUCCAAUGAAGUCGUCCAGAAAGCUCCCAGAAAGCCCCCAAUUCCUGCAGGGAACGUUGUUGGGAACCGCUCUAAAUUUGCGCUAAGAAAUUGACCAAUCAAAAUAGGCUAAAUUGGCGCGCGUUCGCGACAUGAUUCCACGUGAGUAGAAGUCGCGAAACGUUAACAACGUCGUCGCCGUUUUGUGUGGCAUAGGUUAGGAUUUCUUACGUCGUUUCUGUUAACUUCUAACGAUAUGAAGCGAAAGGGUCGAGCUGCCAGUGCCUCAGCGACUUCUCCUGAUGGAAAAAAGACAAAAGUGGAAGGUGAAAACGACCCCGAAACUUCUACAACGGUAAUAAGGGUACUUGACUUUUCAUCGCCAAAGAAAGUUGCAGAAACGCUUCUUGCAGUAGCGAACCUGGAGACUUUUUUCGCCGAAACCUGGGAAAAGAAACCUUAUUUCGUUAAGCGAGAGAAUACAGACUUCUAUGGACCGCUAUUCUCUAGGAAAGAUUUGGAAGCCGUUUUGAAAAAGGAGGAAAUACAGUUCAUUGAAGAUUUAAACUUGAGUCGCUACGUCGAAGGGAAGACGGAGCUGCUGAACGAGGAAGGUUCUCGCGUCAAUUCGAAACACAUCAAAGCGAAUGGAGUUGCUGUGCAGUUUCAUCAACCGGAUAGAUUUAAGGACGAGAUUUGGAAAUUGGUAGAGUCACUCGAGUCGUAUCUCAAUUGUCUCGUUUUUGUUGAUGCAUUCGUGUUCCAACCAGGAUCGCAAGGGCUGGCUCCGCAGCAUGAUGAUCUUGAGACCUUUAUCCUCCAAACAGAGGGUAAAACCAAAUGGAAACUAUUCAAGCCUUUGCAGGAGCUCUCUCAAGAUGCUAGUCCUGAUUUGGAACUGAAAGAUAUUGGUGAACCAACUGAAGAAUUCGAUUUAGAGCCUGGAGAUCUCUUGUACUUCCCCAGAGGAUCUAUUUUCUUUCCAGUGCCAGUUGAAGACAAAAAUCACACAACUUAUUUGGCGUUGACCACGUUCCAAGAAAGUUCUUGGGGUAAUAUGUUGACAAGUGUCUUAACUAAAGCUGUAGAAAAAGCUAUGGAAAGUGAUGUGGAGUAUCGGAGAGGUCUUCCAGUUAAUUUUCCUUCAUUUAUGGGCAAUGGAUUGCAUGAAACUGACUCUGAUCAAGAUCCACCUGAGCAAAAUGACAACUUAAAAAGUGAUAAAGAAGAAUCGCAUGAAAAAGCAACUGCAGAUCCAAGAACUGCAUUUAACAAAACCUUAAUUAACCUUGUGCUUGGGUUGGAGCAGCAUAUGAGUCCUGACAAAGCUGUUGACAACAUGAUGUACGAGUUCUUUAAUAACCGCCUUCCUCCCUAUGCAAAAGACAUCAAAAAAGGAAGCAAGAAGCGCGCCCCUACAGACGAAAAUAGAAUACGAAUUUUGCAUCCAGAGCAUGUUCGAGUAAUAAUCGGAGACUUGUCGGACGGUGUCGCUGGAGCCGACGAAAGUGACGAGGAUGUGUCCCAAGCAGAAGAGGAAGGAGAAGAGAAUAGUGAAGAGGAGGAAUCGGAAGACAGUGAGAACGAAGACAAGAAAGGCUCGAAAAGGGGAGCUAAGAAAGAUAAAGGAGGGAAAACAGAAAAAGUUAAAGGAACAAAAUCGAAGAGCAAGAAAGCUGAGGAAGAAGGCGAUGACGAUGAAGAAGACAUGGAGGAUGAAGAGGAGGGAAGUGAGGACGAAGACGACCCCUUUGACAACAAGGAGGGAGGGGACGAGUAUCUUUUGCUCCUGCACUCUUAUAAUAAUGACAGAGCUACACACAUGAUGGGGAAUAAAACCUCAUGCUCAACCCUGAAAUUUCCCAUUCGUUACAAAGGCGCUCUGCGUCAGAUCAUAAGCGGCGAGCGCGACGAGUACGUCACAGUGAGCAGCCUGGAACUUCUCGAGAAGGAGCGCCUGUCAAUGGUGAAGUCAUUAUGGAACGAAGGCUUGUUGGAAGUGGAGUAGAAGGGAGUUCCAAUUUAAGUCAAGUAGACCACUGUAAAGUUGGACAUGCAUACGUUGAGUUCAUUGACAUAUUUAAAAAACUACAGGAUUUUCUAUGCUAACUGCAUUAUCUUGUUAUCGUUGUGUUUGGGUGAUAUCCUUGUUACUGUAGUCAAAACUGGAGUAGUUGUGUUGUGAAUAAUCACACAUUUGACUUCGUUGAAGAGCCUUAAACUGUCUUCAGUUCCGUUAGAAAGUUGACGAGUUAAUUCAAAAAGGAAGUCAAGAGAAUUGGAAAAAGUCGUAAGAAGUUGGUAUCUAAGUAUUACAAAUAAAAUUGAUUUGAGUUAAGACGU